CACAGACACAGGCAGGCAGUCGGGCUCUCUAGACGGAAUUACGUGUGUGUCGGAUACAGGGAGAUGUGGCUUAAACAAAAGCUAGUUUUAUGUAAACGAAAGAUGCGACAGCUUUUAUCAAGAUUAUCAAACCAGAAUAUUUUAAGGAAAAUGGAAGGAUAUACACUGCUUGAAUAAUGAAAAAAGAAAAGCUACAUACUGUGUACAUAAUGAAAAAAGAAAAGCUACAUACCGCUUGAAUACUGAAAAAAGAAAAGCUACAUACCGCUUGAAUACUGACAAAAAGAAAAGCUGCAUACGGCUUGAAUACUGAAAAAAGGAAAGUUACAUACGGCUUGAAUACUGAAAAAAGGAAAGCUACACGCGAUUUGAAUACUGAAAAAAGAAGGCUAUAUACUGGCUGAAUAAUGGAAAAACAAAGACUAUAUACUGCUUUAAUAAGGGAAUAACAUUUGUUAUUACACCUGUGUGAUAUCGACUAGAUUAUGUGUAUUCGUUGUGUGACGUCAUACAGACUGAGUUAGGACGGAAUACCAGGGGGAGUACACUCUAGCUGUGAGUCCAGCGACCGCCCUGAUGGGGUGAACAGCAGACUUCAUAAGAUGUGCGUCAGGCAACGAACAUGUUCAAUAAUUUCAGUCUUCGUUUAUGCUACAGUUAUUGGCCUGGCACAAACAGUUAUUUCCGUGAUAUGUACCUCUCGGCCAACCGAACAAAGGAGACUGUCAGCACCAGGCUACCAAUCAUAACCGCAGAACUCCUCGACCAGCACGGGAAGAGUUUCUUUGUUCCGUUCCUGAACGUGCAGACAGACCUGUUUAUCGAGAUCGCGCCUAGCUUCCCCGGCCUCGACAACAUCACCGUGCACGUCACCGACUCGUUUGGGCUCAACGGCGUCAACAGCACGGUGUCAAGGUCGUCCGUUCUCCGCAUGGAGUUCACAGAGUUGUUCACGAGCGACAACAGUUCAGGCGUGCGCGUGACGGCGAGUGACGACAUUUCUGUGUUCGUCAAGCAGACGUUGGGUGACGUCAUGGUUCUGAGUCCCCUGAACGCGAUGGACAAGGAGUACCUGCUUCCCGCCAUCGCCUCGGCCCAGAACUACCAGGUGUACGUGUACUGCGGUGCCCAGUCCGCGCACCUGUUCAUCACCGGCAACUGUUCCAUCACCACGCCCACUCGGUCCGCGUGUGACCAGGACAAGGUUUAUGCAAUACAGUCUUUCCAAACACUUCAACUGGAGAACCACGCUGGGGUAAUGUUUAUCAAGGGAGAUAAUCCGUUUGGAGUUAUACUUAUUGCAAGCGGCCUGUUCUUUGAUGCCUUCAAUACGUCAGUGAACCGUACGGAGGACACUGUGAUGGAAAGUGUUCCGCCCGUAGUGACACUGGGAAAACUUCAUUAUUUCUGGGUGCAUCAGGAGAUUAGUCUACUGACAUUUUCUAUCACAGCCCUGGACACGGCGAACCUGACAAUUCAGAGAGACAGCUUCAAGCAGCAGACGCAGAUUGACGGCAAUGUGACGACAACGUUCGACUUCCAACACGUCAGCGACAUCGCCGUCACGUCUGACAGUCGCAUCCUGGUGUUCGUGACAAUCGACGUGGACGCCUGGCAGGCGGGUUUCUUCCUGCCGCCCCUGGAACAGUACACAGUGUGCCAAAUGACGAACAGCUGCAUGGAGUCGUGUCCCUCGGUUUUACUCUUAGAGACCCAGAACGAGUCGUUUCGAACUCGCUCAACGUUCAACUUCGCGGACGCCAGUGAUUCUCGAACCAUCAGUGUGACAGUAGACGCGGAUUCGGAUUACGAGAAUUCCACGAUCGCCAAAGCGCAGCUAAACCGCUCGCACCUCUUCUUCCUGUACGACGGCGCGAGCGGAAGUGUGUAUCACGUAGGAGGCAUGCUCCGGAAGCUCAACGGCGCAUGCGUCCCGAGCAUUGCAGAAAGUCGCCAGGGCGACGCCAUUGACAAUGACUGCGACGGAAGGAUCGACGAAGAGAUUCUAGACAGUCUCGAUAACGACGACGAUUCUCUGAUAGACGAGGAUGUCGCGUGCAAUUUGGCGAAAAGCGAUUCGGAGGACAAAUCGAUGUCGCCCAUUGAUAAAUGGCUGAAAGGCGGCUAUUACUUGCACGAAGAAGAGACCCAGAGACCUCUUAUCGCUGUCAUUCUUUCUCUAUGCGUGGCUAUUUUCGCCGUCUUUGCCCUCAUCUCUCUCUACAUGCUGUUUGAACUAAUGGCGCGGCGCAGACAGCUACGAAAUACGAAAAUCAGACCGUUUGUAUCAUGACAACAAUCACCUAAUGGACGUCUAGCUACAACCUUUUAAAACGCAUUUCUUAGCGUAACAUUUUAACUAGUGAAUAAAAAUAUUUUUUAAUACUUAACUGGUUAAAAAUCACAAUUAUUGACACGAGCAAUAAGCAAACAAAAGAAGUGUGUGACUUGUGCACAUCCGUAACGUAACUGACACCGAUAUUUUUUUUUUUAAACGAAAAGAGUUUUGGUCUUCUUUUUAUUAUUAGUUACGUACUCACGUAAUGAUACAUAAAUGCAAUUAUUGAUCUCAAACAUAAAUAGCCCUGAUGAUGGUAUUUAUUUACUACCGAGUCAUGGUUAGUAGGUCUACUACAAAAAUAUGUCUGUUGAUGUUUGAACAUAAAUAGUUCUGAUGAUGGUAUUUAUUUACUGUCAAGUCAUGGUCAGUCACACAGAAACAUAUCUGUUGAUUUUUAAACACAAAUAGUUCAGAUGAUGGUAUUUCUGUACAGAUACUGUACAGCGUAAUGACGUGCUACAACAGGACGAUUUAGCAAUAAACUCGCGUAAGGACUAAUUCACGUAUUACUAGUGCGAGUUUGGAAUAUAAUAGCAACGCACCUGGUAAUCACAUCUUGUGCCUUCACUUUUAUCAGAGCAUAACUACCAAACUGUUUAUUUAGCACGUUAGCACGUCAUAGCUAUCAAACUGGUAAGCACGGUGGCCCAUCAAUAUUGUAAAACUUUACAGAUGUUAUUGAAGGAAUGUUUGAUGACAUUGAGUAAUUAUGUUUUGGGGAUUAAAAAUAUAUUAUGUAUGUGUGUGUAUCAUAGCAGGAUAACGAAUUGAUUUAUACAGCAACAUGUCGGAAAUAAUGUUUAUCUGGUAGGGGUGAGAUGGCGGUUGGGGGUGGAGUAUGAGAGUGACAGACGACGGCUGUGGUGGGAGUACUCUUGACGGGUGCCACCGCUGGGGCAGGAUAUGCUCACCUUUCGCGAACACCUUAUUAUCACUCUUAUGACAGUGAUUUAUGAGUGCAUGUCAUCACAGCUGUACAUAUUCUAAUGAGUUUUGAUUUACUAAACCUAGUCUGGGAGUGACUGUCCUCUUUGCUGUGGUGCAAGAGGGAGGAAAUAUUCAGUAAACGAUCUGCUCUGGAGUGGCUGUCCUAUAGACAAGGCACAAGAUAGAGAUUCGUGGAGAUUCAGAUGAACACAAAUAAUUAUUGAUACUGCCAGGUCGUACCUAAUGUAAACUAUCUAGGUGUAUUAAACUUUGAUGGAUUCAAAUGAUCCAGUAACAUAAUAUACGGCAAAAAGGUACUUUAAACCAUAAAUGACAUUAUUUCGUAGCUCCACCCCUCCCAGUUAAGUACAACCUUGUGCUAACAAUAAAAUAUCUCAACCUAAUUCUGACUCGUUCCAAUUACAUCUUGUAAAGUUUGAUAAUGUUUUUACUGCAGAUUGUCAUGUAUGCAAUAACUUUGUGAAAUAUCCUUGUAUAUCACAGUACUUCUACAUAGUUAUUUCUCUAACUCGGACAUAUGUGUAAUAUAAUGCUUGUAUAUAUUAUUUAGUCUUGUGCACUACAAUAAUACAUACGUGUAACAUUAAAAAAAUGUAUGCCUUACAAAAUGUGAGUUAUUUAUCUUUGAAUCUACAAUAAAAUUGUGAAACGCAGCUGUAACUUACACUAACCAUGUUUCUGUUAAUUUGUAUUUAGAACAAUGAUGCAAUAUGUUCAUUCACAUCAUUAAGAUAACCAUUAUUCAUGUUAUUGUCAUUUCCCAUUAUUCGGAAUGUGAAUGUUAAGUACACCAUUGUAGAUAGAUGGUACAAUUUAUUUUCACUUGAUUUCCUUAUUUAUAUCCAGUUACGGUUCAAGCACGCUGUUCUGGGCACACACCUCAUCGAUCUGGGCUGUUUGUCGAGGACACGAUUUAAUUAGUUAUCUGUUAGUAAGACAACAAAGUUAAAACUUUGUUUUGUUUAACGAUACCAUUGGAGCACAUUGAUUUAUUUAUCAUCGGCUAUUGAAUAUCAAACAUUUUGUAACUGUUGCAAGUCUUAGCGAUGAAACUGGCAACAUUUUGUAGUAAGAAAGAAAUGGAUGUGGUGGGCUUACGCUAUCCCGAUGAGUCGUUGGUACUCUGAAUGAUGGUCAGAACUGGGAUACGAACCCAGUACAUACAGGAUUUGAGUCCUACGACUUCACUAUUCACGUACGGGCUCCCAUUAUUGUACGGGGCCAGGCUGGCUUUUGUCCGAAUUAAACGAAAAUGGCCGAAUCUGGAUAACUACAUUUAUUCAUAUUAGCAUUACUACCAAACAGCUAUAUAGGGCUGAACACAAAUUCAUACACAUUUUCACAUGAAUGAAAACUAAUUUUGAGGGUAAGAUGAUGGAAAUACUAAGUAAAAAUGUCUCAGGUUGGCACAUUUUGUCUGAAAAUCUGUAUCAUUUUCGCCCGAUUUUGAGGUUUUACUCCAACACUGCCCCUGUCUCGUACGCUUAUGGACUUCACCAUUACAACAUCGAGACCAAGUGGAUUAAAAAAAUUAUUAUGUGUGUAUGUGUGUAUGCUGUGUGUGUGUGUGUGUGUGUGUGUGUGUG